UUGCGCUGGAAACGUGAGUGUCGUGUGAGAAAAAUUGUCGAACGCUUAAUUGUUUUGGAGGAGGAAUAUUUUGAAAGAGUUACAUAUCCACCGCAAUUAAUACAAAAAUUCGAUAGCUUAUUUUUUCUGAAAUACGCCAGUGUUUGGUUGCAGUCUCUAUCGAUUAUGUAUAUAGUCUACCGAUAUGUCAUUAGUACCUCGGGCUGGUGGUAUCUGACAUUUUUUUAUGUGGUGAUUGUUUUAAAUAUUUUACAUGGUGUAGUAAUGCAUUUCUAUAUGUGUCUGCUCUAUAUCGGAUCAAGAUUCUAUAUAAUCAACUAUCGUUUGGAGGAAAUUUAUGUGACUAUAGUAAGAGUGAGCUCAUGGAGAUCACAGCGCUCUCAACAGCAAAUGCAAAAAGCCUUGGCUGCUGAAAUGGACUGUAUUACUUAUAUACACUGUAAUCUCAUGAAUAUAGUGGGUGAAUUAAAUGAUUCCUAUAUGUUUCAAAUUUUAACUGUUUUAAUGACUCAUAUAUUCAAUAAUACCGCCAUGGGUUAUUAUGGUCUAAUGAUGUGUAUAGACUUCUUUAAAUUCAACUUGUCUUAUUAUGAUCUCAUCAUAGGAAGUUUUAGUUAUUGCUGUUUGGUAUUGGAUUUGUAUUUGCUGGAUGUUAAUUGUAAUACCGUGCAAAGCUCAUAUAAUAUCACGGGUUCUAUUGUAAAACAAUUUUCGGAAUUUCCCGAAAUGGAAGAAAGUUUGAGAAAAAGUUGCGAACUAUUGUCUUUACAUUUGGUACAAAGAAGACUUUUCAUUAAUAUUUGCGGCAUGUUUAAUCUAAAUAAGCACACUUCGUUUGUUAUGUUUGGUUUCACCAUACGUCAGGUAUUGAUUUUGGUACAAAAUGAUGUGGCCAUAUCUAUACGUUACCUUAAAGAUUCUCAUGAUGUGGGUCAGAUUUUACAGAAGGAAUUUAAAAAAGCUUUUAAUGUAAUGAACGAAGCGUCCCAGGAGUAA